AUGCAUUUUAAAUCUUUAAUAACAUUGCAAAUACUUUUACCUUUGGUAUUUGCACUCAUUCCCAUUGAAGUUAAAAAUUUUAGGUUUAUCCGACCUUCAACUAAUGCUUCAGAUGAAGGGGAGGUUGUGCAAAUUAUUGGGUUAGACUAUCAACCUGGAGGCUCAUCAGGAUAUGACCCCAACGGUGACUCGGAUGUUCUUUCUGAUCCUGAUCAGAUUUUAAGAGAUACCUAUCUUUUUAAACAAUUGGGUAUUAACACCAUUCGGGUUUACUCAUUAAACCCCUGGAUUAAUCAUGACGAAUCCAUGUCUAUUCUUAACGCAGCAGGAAUUUAUGUCAUUCUUGAUGUUAACAACCCAUUUCAAAGUUUAGCCCGUUUACAUCCAGCUGACUCAUAUAACUCGGAUUAUCUCAAUCAUAUUUUUGGAAUUGUGGAUGCAUUUAAAGGAUAUCCUAAUUUGUUGGGUUUUUUUGCUGGAAAUGAAGUUGUGAAUGAUGCGGCUUCUGCAAAACUGUCUCCACCAUAUGUUCGUGCUAUUAUUCGAGAUUUAAAAGAUUAUAUUAAGUUACAUGCUAAUCGUACAAUUCCAGUUGGAUAUUCUGCUGCUGAUGACAAAGACUUGCGCGAUGUAAUGUUAAUGUAUCUGGAAUGUCAAAAUGGAAACGACUCAUCAGCUGCCGAUUUUUAUGGUUUAAAUUCAUAUGAGUGGUGUUCUGGUAGGGAUGAUUGGCAAUCUUCGGGUUAUGGAACACUUUUAGAGACUUUUAAAACGACUUCAAUUCCAAUUUUCCUUUCAGAAUACGGUUGCAAUGUUAAUAGCCCUCGUAGCUUUGAUGAGGUUUAUGAUGGUCUCUAUGCUAAUUUGUCGACAGUAUUUUCUGGUGGUUUAGUUUAUGAAUACUCCCAGCAGGAAAAUGAUUACGGACUUGUUGAGAUUCGAGACGAUGGUUCAAUCAGAAUUGAUCAAGACUACGCAAACCUACAGGCCGCAUAUAAUAAAAUUGUUUGGAAAACAGAGUAUGAAUCAGACGUUCCUGAUACCUCUCGUCCUGUUUGUAAUAGCAGUUAUUCUAAAACAAUUACGGAUUUAAACGCUAAUUUCAACGCUUCAUUUGUUUUACCCGCCUGUCCUGAUUCAUCUAUGCUUAAGAAUGGUGGGGGGAAUAAUAAUAUUGGGAAAAUUGUUGAUUUAUCUAACAAUACAAGUACCUACAAGAUUUACAACAUUAAUGGCAAUACCAUUUCUAACAUAACAGUCGAAUUUUCUGAAGAUAACCAGAUUAACAGUCCAGCAGGUCUUUCGAUUAAUGACACCCAAACUAAUUCAUCUGAUUCAGAUUCUGUUUCUGCUUCCAACACAUUACCUUCUACGUCACCCACAUCGUCCAUUGAGCCCUCUACCAGUACUGGUCUCGCAUCAACUUCAACUUCUAAAGCCAUGGCUUCUAUUAAUUCCUAUGGGUUUGGGUUAUUUUCUUUUAUGCUCAGUGGAUUGAUUGCUUUUUCUUAA